GAUGGUGGCCAAAGUCAUAGAUGCAGAGGGCUGGACGGCCAAUCAUCCUCGUCCAGAGGACAUCAUGGCGAAGUGGAGGCCGCUCAGCAGAGCACAGACGGAGAGUGACCCGGGCAUCAUCAAGGGGGUGACCAGGCAGAAAUGGUCGGGUCUGGCUGUGAAGGACUUUGGGGAGCAGAAAGGCGUUGUUGCAACCAAGGCCUUCGGGAAGGGCUCCAUCCUGUGUGAUUUCCACGGAAAGGUGAUCACAGGUGCUGAGGGCAGGGAGAUGGCAGAGACGCAGGACCAGCUGGGAAACCUGUUUUUCUUCAAACAUGGCCCUGACGAAAUCUGCAUCGAUGCGGAGACUUUCCCCUGUGAGUGCCACCCGUCUCUGGAAACCAUCGGGAGAUGGAUUACACAUUCAAAGAAGAAGUGCAACGUGCAGCCAUGCCACUGCGUAGUGAAGCUUCAGGGGGGAGACAGGCACGUCCUGCUCUUUCAGGCCACCACGGACAUUAAGAAAGAUGAUAAGAUCUGCUUCGACCACGGCAUCAAGAAGAGGACUUUUCAUGGGGAAGAAGAGGAGCUGGAGUGGCUGGACAUUUGA